AUGUUUCUUCUCAAACUUCUGACAAAGGAGACAUCUGGAAAGCAAGUAUACGUUCACGGUUCUUUUGACUUCAAGUCCAAAGCCAACUCGGCCGGACCGUCACAAGGUGGCAAGGUCGUUGCGAAAGCGCCAUUGCCCGAUUUCAUCAGCAAAAUGGACAUAAAGCUCGCUGACCGCAGUGGCGAUGCGGGUGUGAUGCUACGCGCAUCGCAUUUGGGCAACGGCCCCGACAGCUACAGAGUGUACUACGUCGGCAUCAGUGCUGAGAACAAUGGUUAUGGCGCCCUCGAAAAAUCGGAUAAUGCCUGGAGAGAGCUCGAACAUGCACCAAUGACCAUUGAUGCCGGCGAGAUGUAUACAAUGAAGAUCAUGAGGGCAGCUAAUGAGAUUCCGGUUUUUGUGGGCGGCAUAAGCACUCCCAAUACAGGCGCUUCUUUUGAUAAUAUUGAGCUAUCACCGGUCGUGUUUGACAAUUUCGAAAAGAACAUGGUUGGCUGGAAGAUAUACGAUGGCAGAUUCGACGCGAGCAACAAAGAACUUGGGGAUAGUGAUAUUUUCAGGUUCAAGACGGUGCUGGAGACAACAUUCCAAACCUUUAUCCUCGAGGCGGAUAACGUCCUCACCAAAGCAGGAGGUGGCGGCUUCAUCUUUCGCGCUGCGCAGCUGGGCCCGGGCCCUAAUGCUUAUCACGGCUAA